ACCUCGGCUAUUCUUAGGCUGUCUGUCCCUCACCCUCAGCAACUCUGCAGGCAAGAAACUGCAUCUUAAUAGUACAUUUAAAGUUGACUUUUGAGAGUUUCUCAGAUUUGAGAGGUUCCACAGCACCUGACCCACCCACCCACCAGCACCACCGCCACCCCAGGGUGUUUGUCCUGAGAGCUAGGAGCAGACGAGGAGAGAAGGUAGUGAAGCCAGGGCUGACAAAGAAGAAGCGACCAGGGCAAAAGGAUAGCAGGGGAGGACGGGGAACAAGGGCACACCAAGAAGGAGGAGAAACCACACAGACAGCAGGAGGAGUGUUGACGUUUAACCGAAGAUGACUACGUACACAGUGACUCUGAAUGGCCCCGCUCCAUGGGGCUUCAGACUACAGGGAGGAAAGGACUUCAACAUGCCACUCACCAUCUCCAGGAUAACUCCGGGCAGCAAGGCAGUGAGUGGCAGCCUGGCCCAGGGCGACAUCAUCUCAGCCAUCGAUGGGGUCAGCACCGAAGGGAUGACGCACCUGGAGGCCCAAAACAAGAUCAAGUCUGCCUCCAACAAACUGUCACUCACCAUGCAGAAAUCAAGACGUCCUGCACCAGUUCCCACAGCAACUCCAAGAAUGGACUCACCAAUGCCAGUCAUCGCCCACCAGAAGGUUAUCGCAAACACAGCUGCAAAUGUGGAGUACACUCCCAGCUUCAACCCCAUAGCUCUGAAAGACUCAGCCCUGUCCACCCACAAGCCCAUUGAGGUGAAGGGUCCGGGAGGCAAGGCAACCAUUGUUCACGCCCAGUACAACACACCAAUCAGCAUGUACUCACAGGACGCCAUCAUGGACGCCAUUGCAGGGCAGUCGCAGGCUAAGGGACACGACAGUGAGGAGGCGGGCUCCCCCUUGGCUGGAGCUCUGCCUGUCAAGGACCCAGUGGUAGACUGUGCAUCUCCGGUUUACCAGGCAGUGAUAAGGCCAGGAGAGACAAACCAGGAUAUGUCAGAAUGGGCUCGUCGUGCUGCCAACCUGCAGUCCAAGAGCUUCAGGAUGCUGGCCCACAUCACUGGCACUGAAUACAUGCAAGACCCAGAUGAGGAAGCCCUGCAGAAGUCGAGAGAGAAGUUUGAGUCGGAGGUGAGGGGGCCCCGCUUUGCCAAGCUGAAGAACUGGCACCACGGACUGUCUGCACAGAUCCUCAAUGUUCAGGAAUAAAGAGGAGCAGGAGAGAAAGAGAGAGCGAGGACAUGUGAAGGAGGACAUGGACAAGAGCACAGGAGUUAACAGGAAGAGGGGAUAAAUUAAAAAAGGAGCAGGAGGAGGAGGAAACUCCUCAGGAAUGCGAGAUAGUGUUGUAGAAUAGAUUAGUAGAAUGUGAGAUACUAACUGUUGGUGUGAGAAUGCUAUGUGUUCAUAAGCUUGAUAUCACCUGUCAAAUGUAUCUGUCCACUGCUAAGACCUGAUCUCGCAUUUGGGUUUUUUCUUUCUUUGUUUCCUGUUUGUUUGGGUUCUGUUUCUCAUAAAUGAAAGGGAAAUUGUACAAAAAAUAAUAUUAGUAUUCAAGUGAAAAUGCAGAACUGAUGAUGUUUCUUUUAGUACACAAACCACAUUCACAAACGUAUGAAUUUUAACACUAUAAGCAUGCUUGUGAGAAGGCACAAAAGGACAAAUACACAUACAAGAUGACGUACAUGCACAAAUACAGUUAUGUAAAAAAUGCACUCAAAAAACCUACCAUUAUCAAUGUGAAUAAAUAUUUUAUUAAAACCAUA